AACUGGGUCAGUGCAAAGCAUUACUGUUUCGGGGAGGUUUGAUCACAUCUGCACUCGUAAAACUGGGACCUCGAACUCUUGAGUUUAUCCGCCGAGCUUUUUCCCUUUUACUUUUUUUUUUCUUGGCCCAUUGCGCCUUACAGGGUGGGGUUAGCGUGUUCCUGAUCAUCUAUCAUCAAAUUUCAACCGCCUGGAAAGAGUCAUCCUCUGUUUGCCCUUCUGACAUCUAUCUUAUCUUUAUUGUACUGUCACUUGGCCCCGGUCAUUGACUCUCUAAUAAUUAAUUGGCCCUGGUUUCCAAUACGGCAGCCAUGGCCCCGGCACCUCACCAGCAGCAGUCGCAGCUUAUUGUCGACCCGGACGCUCUUCCGGCCGAGGCAGAAGAGGUCAGGAGUCAGACAGAGUCUCGAGAAGAUGCAAAGCUAUUGAAAUCAAUGGGCUACAAGCCAGUCCUUCAUAGGACGUACACUCUCCUUGAAAAUUUCUCGACGACAUUCGCUGCUCUCUACUUCGUCGGAGGUGUGCGCGUCACAUAUAGUACUGGUAUCGCAGCAGGUGGUAACUUGGCUUAUUGGACGAGUUAUCUGGUCACUCUGGUCUUCACCUACAUCACCGCUGCUGUCAUCGCGGAGGUAUGCUCUGCCUCCCCGUCUGCGGGCUCCAUCUACUUGUGGGCCGCAGAAGCUGGUGGCCCUCGCUUUGGAAGACUACUUGGCUUCGUGGUUGCUUGGUGGAGUACUACUGCCUGGACGACCUUCUGUGCUAGCAACACCCAGUCUGCUGUCAACUACAUGCUAGCUGAAUUGACAGUAUUCGACUGUGAUUUCCCCAAAGAUACAUCCAGCGUCAAGUUCCGUGCCGUCCAAUGGAUUUGCACAGAGGUAUUGUUAGCAUUGGCUGCACUCCUGAACUAUUUGCCGCCCAGGUUAUUCAAGUGGGUAUUCUACUUUUCGUCCUUCAUUGUCAUGCUGGAUUUUUUCCUCAAUGUCAUCUGGCUCCCAAUUGGGGCCGCCAACACAUGGGGAUUCCGCACGGCCGAAGAAGCUUUUAUGUCCACCUACAACGCUACAGGUGCCCCUCCGGGAUGGAACUGGUGUCUUUCAUACCUUGCCACUGCUGGUAUUCUGAUCGGUUUUGACGCCUCGGGCCAUGUUGCUGAAGAGACCAAGAAUGCGUCUGUGACAGCAGCACGCGGUAUUUUCUGGAGUACUGUCGUUAGUGGCAUUGGUGGACUGGCAACUAUCAUUCUGUUCCUCUUCUGCGCACCCGAUAACGACACCCUGAUGUCCUUCGGUUCUCCCCAGCCAUUCGUGCCUCUUUACGCUGUCGUUCUCGGCAAGGGCGGCCAUGUCUUCAUGAACGUCAUCUGCAUCGUUGCCCUAUGGCUUAACACAGCAAUUGCUAUUGUCGCCGCCUCCCGUCUAGUCUUCGCCGUCGCUCGCGACGGAGUCCUCCCAUUUUCCGGCUGGGUCUCCAAAGUCCACAACGGCCAGCCCCGCAACGCUGUCAUCGUCGUCUGGGGCGUGGCAGCGCUCAUCAGCUGCACUCUCCUCCCCUCCGACGUAGCCUUCACCUCGCUCGUCUCCGCCGCCGGUGUUCCUAGCGCCGCCGCAUACGGUCUUAUCUGCCUCGGCCGACUUUUCUGCACCCCGAACCGAUUCCCGAAGCCCCAAUGGAGUCUAGGUCGGUUAAGCAAGCCUUUCCAAUUCAUCGGUGUCUUCUGGAACGGCUGGGUGGUCGCCGUGUUAUUCUCCCCCUAUGAAUUCCCUGUCACCGGCGCCAACCUGAACUACGCCCCAAUCAUCAUGGCCGCCGUGACCAUUUUCGCCCUGAUAUCCUACUUCGUCAUGCCCGAAAGCGCCUGGCUCCCUAUCGACCGCAUCUCGCAUUUCAUCGACAGCAAAGGUGCGGUGCGCGAAACCGUCGAGGAAGUCGAAAGUCCCCAUCAGGCAGGGACUUCCUCGUCCGGGAGAGAAGAAACUGAAGCCAGUGCGUCGCAGUAAUAUCGCUGAUGCUUUUUUUUUUUCCUGUUUGAUGAUCAUGUGGGACCGAUCGAUGAAGAAGUUGUGGAAAAUGUUGCUUUUUUUUUAUUUUUGCUUGAAAAAGUUG